AUGAAUUCCCAUGAGGACUUCAUAACUCGUCUUAAACAACGACUUGACCUGAAGGAGGUGAAUACAGAGGAUGAGUGUGAUUUCAUUCUGGGUUUCUGCCCGAUUGUGUCACGAGCUGGAACUGACAUUGAAGCAGCAAUGAAAAGUCUACACAAUAUUUCAGGCGUUAGAAGAGAAAAGGAGAAAAACACACAACUAGAGAAUCUGAACAAACUGCUGAAGGAGAAAGAAACACAGCUGAAGAACAACGAUAAAGAGCUGGAAACCAGUACAAAUAAACUGGACACACUGGGACAGGAGCUGCAGGACAAAGAGAGACAACUGGUGAGUGUGAAGGAAGAACUGGAAACCAGUACAAAUAAACUGGACACACUGGGACAGGAGCUGCAGGACAAGCAGAGACAACUGGUGAGUGUGGUGAAAGAAACGGAAACCAGUACAAAUAAACUGGACACACUGGGACAGGAGCUGCAGGACAAGCAGAGACAACUACAGGACAUGAUGAUCGUAGUGGAGCAACAGAAAUCUGAGAUAGCAGAAAAAAACCAAGAGCUUGAAGAGAAAGAGAGUCUUCUAACUGAGAGAGAGACACAGCUAAUGGAAAGAGACAAAGAGCUUCAGGAGAAAGACAGACUUCUGACAGAAAAUACACAAAGACUUCAGAAGAAGGACAAGACACUGGAAGAGAAGGAGAAACAGCUCAAACAGACAAGAGCUGAACUGGACAAAACAAUUAAGGUGUUAGAAGACAGUCAGCGACACGUGGAGGAGAAAAACACACAACUAGAGAAUCUGAACAAACUGCUGAAGGAGAAUGAAACACAGCUGAAGAACAACGAUAAAGAGCUGGAAACCAGUACCAAUAAACUGGACACACUGGGACAGGAGCUGCAGUACAAAAAGACACAACUGGUGAGUGAGGUGAAAGAACUGGAAACCAGUACAAAUAAACUGGACACACUGAGACAGGAGCUGCAGGACAAGCAGAGACAACUGGUGAGUGUGAAGGAAGAACUGGAAACCAGUACAAAUAAACUGGACACACUGGGACAGGAGCUGCAGGACAAAGAGAGACAACUGCUGAGUGUGAAGGAAGAACCAGAAACCAGUACAAAUAAACUGGACACACUGGGACAGGAGCUGCAGGACAAAGACAGACAACUGGUGAGUGUGGUUAAAGAACUGGAAACCAGUACAAAUAAACUGGACACACUGGGACAGGAGCUGCAGGACAAAGACAGACAACUGGUGAGUGUGGCGGAAGAACUGGAAACCAGUACAAAUAAACUGGACACACUGGGACAGGAGCUGCAGGAGAAGCAGAGACAACUACAGGACACCAUGAUCACAGUGGAGCAACAGAAAUCUGAGUUAGCAGAAAAAAACCAACAGCUUGAAGAGAAAGAGAGUCUUCUAACUGAGAGAGAGAAACAGCUAAUGGGAAGAGACAAAGAGCUUCAGGAGAAGGUCAGACUUCUGACAGAAGGUCCUAAGAUCCUGGAACCGAAGGGUACACAAUUAAAACAGGAGAAAAAACAAAAAGAAAAAGAAGGAGAAAAAGAAGGAGAAGAUGCAAACACAGGGAAUGAAAAAUUCCAUAAGACAAAACCUCAUCUGGAAUUAGACAGUAAAUCAGAGGAAAUGGAACACCAACAGGUUGAGGAUAUUAGAUUCCUCCAAGAACUGAGUAAAAGAACAAGAGUCAAUGAAGAGAAAGAUGAAGAACUUAAUAAUACAAAAAUAAAACCAAAGAAAAUGAUAGUGAGUAAUGAGACACAGGAAGGAAAAAAUACUCCACAUGAGAAAAAUCAACAGCUGAACAAAAUAGAAAUUGUUGAGGAAAUUCUGAAAAGAAAUGAGAUGAAUAAAAAAUUAGCUAAAGAAAAUGAAGAGGAUUUAGAGUGUUUAAAGGAGAUGAUAAUCAUAUCGGAGAAACAGAAAACUGAUUUAGAGGAAAAAAACAGAGAUCUUUCAGGGCAACUGGAAGAAAAAGAGAGACAACUGGAGAGUGUGGUGAAAGAACUGGAUAUUAAACUCACAGAAAGAGAUAAACAACUUCAGGAGAAAGUCAGACUUCUGACAGAAAAUACACAAACACUUCAGAAGAAGGACAAGACACUGGAAGAGAAGGAGAAACAGCUCAAACAGACAAGAACUGAACUGGACAAAACAAUUAAGGUGUUAGAAGACAGUCAGCGACACGUGGAGGAGAAAAACACACAACUAGAGAAUCUGAACAAACUGCUGAAGGAGAAAGAAACACAGCUGAAGAACAACGAUAAAGAGCUGGAAACCAGUACAAAUAAACUGGACACACUGGGACAGGAGCUGCAGGACAAACAGAGACAACUGCUGAGUGUGAAGGAAGAACCGGAAACCAGUACAAAUAAACUGGACACACUGGGACAGGAGCUGCAGGACAAAGAGAAACAACUGGUGAGUGUGGAGGAAGAACUGGAAACCAGUACAAAUAAACUGGACACACUGGGAAAGGAGCUGCAGGACAAAGAGAGACAACUGGUGAGUGUGGGGGAAGAACUGGAAACCAGUACAAAUAAACUGGACACACUGGGACAGGAGCUGCAGGACAAAGAGAGACAACUGGUGAGUGUGAAGGAAGAACUGGAAACCAGUACAAAUAAACUGGACACACUGGGACAGGAGCUGCAGGACAAGCAGAGACAACUGGUGAGUGUGAAGGAAGAACUGGAAACCAGUACAAAUAAACUGGACACGCUGGGACAGGAGCUGCAGGACAAGCAGAGACAACUGGUGAGUGUGAAGAAAAAACCGGAAACCAGUACAAAUAAACUGGACACACUGGGACAGGAGCUGCAGGACAAGCAGAGACAACUGGUGAGUGUGAAGGAAGAACCGGAAACCAGUACAAAUAAACUGGAACCACUGGGACAGGAGCUGCAGGACAAAGAGAGACAACUGGUGAGUGUGGAAGAAGAACUGGAAACCAGUACAAAUAAACUGGACACACUGGGACAGGAGCUGCAGGACAAGCAGAGACAACUACAGGACAUGAUGAUCGUGGUGGAGGAACAGAAAUGAGUUAGCAGAAAAAACCAACAGCUUGAAGAGAAAGAGAGUCUUCUAACUGAGAGAGAGACACAGCUAAUGGGAAGAGACAAAGAGCUUCAGGAGAAAGACAGACUUCUGACAGAAAAUACACAAACACUUCAGAAGAAGGACAAGACACUGGAAGAGAAGGAGAAACAGCUCAAACAGACAAGAGCUGAACUGGACAAAACAAUUAAGGUGUUAGAAGACAGUCAGCGACACGUGGAGGAGAAAAACACACAACUAGAGAAUCUGAACAAACUGCUGAAGGAGAAAGAAACACAGCUGAAGAACAACGAUACAGAACUGGAAACCAGUACAAAUAAACUGGACACACUGGGACAGGAGCUGCUGAAGGAGAAAGAAACACAGCUGAAGAACAACGAUAAAGAACUGGAAACCAGUACAAAUAAACUGGACACACUGGGACAGGAGCUGCAGUACAAAAAGACACAACUGGUGAGUGAGGUGAAAGAACUGGAAACCAGUACAAAUAAACUGGACACACUGAGACAGGAGCUGCAGGACAAGCAGAGACAACUGGUGAGUGUGAAGGAAGAACCGGAAACCAGUACAAAUAAACUGGACACACUGGGACAGGAGCUGCAGGACAAAGAGAAACAACUGGUGAGUGUGGAGGAAGAACCGGAAACCAGUACAAAUAAACUGGACACACUGGGACAGGAGCUGCAGGACAAAGAGAGACAACUGGUGAGUGUGAAGGAAGGACCGGAAACCAGUACAAAUAAACUGGACACACUGGGACAGGAGCUGCAGGACAAAGAGAGACAACUGGUGAGUGUGAAGGAAGAACUGGAAACCAGUACAAAUAAACUGGACACACUGGGACAGGAGCUGCAGGACAAGCAGAGACAACUACAGGACAUGAUGAUCGUGGUGGAGCAACAGAAAUCUGAGUUAGCAGAAAAACAACAACAGCUUGAAGAGAAAGAGAGUCUUCUAACUGAGAGAGAGACACAGCUAAUGGAAAGAGACAAAGAGCUUCAGGAGAAAGUCAGACUUCUGACAGAAAAUACACAAACACUUCAGAAGAAGGACAAGACACUGGAAGAGAAGGAGAAACAGCUCAAACAGACAAGCGCUGAACUGGACAAAACAAUGAAGGUGUUAGAAGACAGUCAGAGACACGUGGAGGAGAAAAACACACAACUAGAGAAUCUGAACAAACUGCUGAAGGAGAAAGAAACACAGCUGAAGAACAACAAUAAAGAACUGGAAACCAGUACAAAUAAACUGGACACACUGGGACAGGAGCUGCAGGACAAAAAGACACAACUGGUGAGUGAGGUGAAAGAACUGGAAACCAGUACAAAUAAACUGGACACACUGGGACAGGAGCUGCAGGACAAGCAGAGACAACUGGUGAGUGAGGUGAAAGAACUGGAAACCAGUACAAAUAAACUGGACACACUGGGACAGGAGCUGCAGGACAAAAAGACACAACUGGUGAGUGAGGUGAAAGAACUGGAAACCAGUACAAAUAAACUGGACACACUGGGACAGGAGCUGCAGGACAAGCAGAGACAACUGGUGAGUGAGGUGAAAGAACUGGAAACCAGUACAAAUAAACUGGACACACUGGGACAGGAGCUGCAGGACAAAGAGAGACAACUGGUGAGUGUGAAGGAAGAACUGGAAACCAGUACAAAUAAACUGGACACACUGGGACAGGGGCUGCAGGACAAAGAGAGACAACUGGUGAGUGUGGAGGACGAACCAGAAACCAGUACAAAUAAACUGGACACACUGGGACAGGAGCUGCAGGACAAAGAGAGACAACUGUUGAGUGUGGAGGAAGAACUGGAAACCAGUACAAAUAAACUGGACACACUGGGACAGGAGCUGCAGGACAAGCAGAGACAACUACAGGACAUGAUGAUCGUGGUGGAGCAACAGAAAUCUGAGUUAGCAGAAAAACAACAACAGCUUGAAGAGAAAGAGAGUCUUCUAACUGAGAGAGAGACACAGCUAUUGGGAAGAGACAAAGAGCUUCAGGAGAAAGACAGACUUCUAACAGAAAAUAUACAAACACUUCAGAAGAAGGACAAGACACUGGAAGAGAAGGAGAAACAGCUCAAACAGACAAGAGCUGAACUGGACAAAACAAUUAAGGCGUUAGAAGACAGACAGCGAGACGUGGAGGAGAAAAACACACAACUAGAGAAUCUGAACAAACUGCUGAAGGAGAAAGAAACACAGCUGAAGAACAUGGAUAAAGAGCUGGAAACCAGUACAAAUAAACUGGACACACUGGGACAGGAGCUGCAGGACAAAGAGAAACAACUGGUGAGUGUGGAGGAAGAACUGGAAACCAGUACAAAUAAACUGGACACACUGGGACAGGAGCUGCAGGAAAAGCAGAGACAACUGGUGAGUGUGAAGGAAGAACCGGAAACCAGUACAAAUAAACUGGACACGCUGGGACAGGAGCUGCAGGACAAGCAGAGACAACUGGUGAGUGAGGUGAAAGAACCGGAAACCAGUACAAAUAAACUGGACACACUGGGACAGGAGCUGCAGGACAAGCAGAGACAACUACAGGACAUGAUGAUCGUGGUGGAGCAACAGCAAUCUGAGAUAGCAGAAAAAAAACAAGAGCUUGAAGAGAAAGAGAGUCUUCUAACUGAGAGAGAGACACAGCUAAUGGGAAGAGACAAAGAGCUUCAGGAGAAAGACAGACUUCUAACUGAGAGAGAGACACAGCUAAUUGGAAGAGACAAACAGCUUCAGGAGAAAGACAGACUUCUGACAGAAAAUACACAAACACUUCAGAAGAAGGACAAGACACUGGAAGAGAAGGAGAAACAGCUCAAACAGACAAGAGCUAAACUGGACAAAACAAUUAAGGUGUUAGAAGACAGUCAGCGACACGUGGAGGAGAAAAACACACAAGUAGAGAAUCUGAACAAACUGCUGAAGGAGAAAGAAACACAGCUGAAGAACAACGAUAAAGAGCUGGAAACCAGUACAAAUAAACUGGACACACUGGGACAGGAGCUGCAGGACAAAGAGAGACAACUGGUGAGUGAGGUGAAAGAACUGGAAACCAGUACAAAUAAACUGGACACACUGAGACAGGAGCUGCAGGACAAGCAGAGACAACUGGUGAGUGAGGUGAAAGAACUGGAAACCGGUACAAAUAAACUGGACACACUGGGACAGGAGCUGCAGGACAAAGAGAGACAACUGGUGAGUGUGAAGUAA